AUGUUCACACUUCCGCCGGUUUUAAAUUCUUCAUAUGUUGGAAUUCACGGAAAUUCGACUUUUAUUAACUUUGAAUUCUCAUUUUACACACUUCCUAUGCUUUUUCUAUUAGUUCCAAUACUUUAUAUUCCCAUAACAAUUAUCAUUAUUUUGCGGAUAUUGGUCAAAUUGUAUUAUGCCUUUAGAGAUAGAAAUAACAAUGUAUACUUGUUGAGUGCAAUUAGUAUUUCUCAGUGCAUGUGUCUUCUAUUUUUUCUCGCCGAUUUCUUAUACCUCCGUCUACCAACAUCUGGUUUGCUCACGAGUUGGUGUGCCAGUAUCGAGCCUAAUCGUUUCAUAACAAUUCUAACUAUUUUCACAUAUCAUAUCAAUUACUCCACGAUGAUUUUCCCAUUUCUUGUGUCUAUCAUGCGUCUCAUUUUGAUAAUUUCACCCAAGAAUCACAAGAAAUUUAACGGCCAGCUUCUUCGAUUUUCUAUCCCGUUCAUAUGUGUGUACCCAAUAAUUUUUACAUUUUUCAUGUUUCCAGCAAUUGGAUACUGUUCCUAUGCGGCUUAUCCAUUCCCGUUUGGUGCAAUCAUUUUUAGAAUUGAACGAACUUUUUUUGGGUUAGUCAACAAUUUCUCCCUACUAUUCAACACUUUAUUCUGGAUGACAUGUUGUAUUAUAACCAACUUUAUAUUAUUAUUGUUGCUCAUAAAAUCAAGAUGCUUAUUGAAUGCUCAAACAAGAUCGAUGCAUUCAUAUAAAGUGGAAGUCUCACUCAGUCUCACAACAUUUUCAAUGAUAUUCUCAUAUCUUUCAAAUGCGAUGAUUGUGAUAUGCAGUUUCUUCUUCUGGAACUACACAUCGUUGGCCAUUAUGCUUCGCCCAUUUGGUAAUGAUUUGGAUACUUGCGUUGCACCUUGGGUCUUCUAUCUAACUCAUCCGGUUUUUCGGAAGAAAGUUGUUCAGAGAAUAUUUAUUUUUAGGCCUGACUCAUGA